AGGAUGGGCACGUUCGUAACCCUGGCGGAGGUGUUGGAGGAGAGAGGUGCACCUCUGGAGGAGCGGGAGGUGUGGUCAGUUCUCAUCACCGCCACCCAGGCCCUCAGAGACCCACCAGCAAAAGGUUCUGGAGGUGUCUGCAGUGUGAUCACGCCUGGCUCCCUCCUGCUCUCCUCUGCUGGGGGCGUGGCCUUUAAGUCAUGUGCUCGCUUCGAGGGCGUGGCCUCCUUCACAGCGCCCGAGGCCACACAGGGCAGGAGUCCCUCCAGCAGAGCCGCCCCGGAGAAGAUGUCUGUGUUUUCUCUGGGAAUGACCCUGUAUUGGACGGUGGAUUAUCAACUUCCCUCUAACCAGCCGGUGCUGCUGAGUGAGCGUCUGAACAACCUGCUGCUGAGCAUGUGUGAGGAGUGUGUGUCUCUUCGGUCGGACCUGCAGGACGUGCUGGAAGUGUGUGAGCAGCACCACCAACACACUCCGCAGCCCGUGCACGAACGCGUCAUACGCCAGCUUGUAGAGGAUGUCCAGCAAGACCCGGAGAACCCGGUUGCGACUGGUUCCAACCAGCUCACAGACCGCAGUCAGACAGUCAGGGACAGGCUGAGGGGCUUGACUCAGCAGAGCACAAGCUGGACCAACAGAGGCAGAAACUCCCUAUGCCAGCCUCUCAAAACAGAGCAGCUACGGAGCAGGAUGCAGUCAGUGAGUCACCGUGACAGCACCGUGUCCUGGCUGAACAGGAGCCCCCUGCUGGACGGGGUCAGAACUCCACGGCCCACCGACUCCUUCGGCUCGUCCUUCAGCCUGGCCGAGAGGAAGCUCAAGAACUCGGGUCCAGAGUUUGUCAGAAUGCUGGAGGAGCCGCUGAUCAUUCUGGAGCUUCCAGAAUCCAUCGUGUCCAAGAAGGGCAAGUCAGGCGCCACGCAGCGGGACCUGCGGGUCUUCAUGCCCAGUGGCCAGUGCAUCAUGGUCAUGUGACGCUGUCCAAGGGUGGGCGACGCCUUCAUGAUGAUCGUCGCCCACACAAAUCUCGUGGAACAUUUCUACUUUGGCCUUGCAUACUGUCACGAGGAGGAGUUCUUCUUCCUGGACAGUGAGUCGAAGCUGUGCAAGGUGGCGCCAGAGAGCUGGAAGAGAGUGCCCACCUCCUCCUUCGCCCUGCACUUCAGGAUCAAGUUCUACGUGUCGGACAUCACGCUACUCCUACACAAGCUGACGCGUCACCAGUACUAUCUGCAGCUGAGGAGGGAUCUGCUGGAGGAGCGUCUGGGCUGUGACGUGGAGACAGAGCUGUUCCUCUCAGCCCUCGCCCUGCAGGCUGAGUACGGGGACUGCUUACCUGAGGUGUAUGGGAAGAGCUACUACCGGCCCGAGCACUAUGUGUGCAAGAGUGUGCUGGCCAAGAUGGCCGUCCCGUGCCUGAAGGAGAAGCUCAGGCUACACGGCAACCGUGCCAACAUGACCACGGAGGAUGCUGAGCUGGAGUUCCUGAUGACGGUGCAGCAGCUGGCGGACUACGGCUUGUUCUUCCACCGCGUAGCCCGCGAGAAGAAAGGCAUCAUGGGAGAGCAGAUGCUGGGAGUGUGCACCAAAGGCGUCAUCGUUUACGACGUCAAAAACACACUCCGUACUGUCAGCAUGAGAUUCCACUGGAGAGAGACCCUCAGCAUCUCCUCCUCUAAGCGCAAGUUCCUCAUUGAGAGCAGCACCAGUAAGAAGAAACACACGUUCCACACGGAACGUUCUCACAUUGCCAAGUACCUGUGUGAACUGUGUUCUGCGCAGCACAAGUUCCACAAAGAGAUGAACUCCCGACAGCUCAGUCACAGUGUUACCUCAGAGGAGAACAUCGUGCAGUACGCCACAGUGUUCCGUGCGCAGAACAGUGCCAUGGCCCGACACCUGUCCACUUCCGACAGCGGCCACCUUAACCACGCCCACCUGUCCCAUAACUCCAUGUCCAGCCCCGGGAUGCCCCGCCCAGACAGCGUCACAGGAAGUGACAUGAACAGGCUGUGUGAGGACAUCGCCACUCGUCUGCAGGCCAAGAUCCGCCUGCAGAGAGAUUCACUAAGUGCCACUAGUUCUCCGGUUAUGAGGCGAGUCAUGGCAACGGACACACCAACCAACAGAAUCAGAGACCGGGAGACUGUGUGUGUGACACUCAGAAAGGACCCUCAACUUGGCCUUGGGAUAGUGAUUGUAGGAGAGGACAACACAGGGCGAUUGGAUCUGGGAAUCUUCAUCGCCUCAGUGGUGCCAGGGGGACCCGCAGAUCGGGAUGGACGCAUCAAGCCAGGUGGGCGUCUCAUCUCCCUUAACCAGAUCAGCCUGGAGGGCGUCACCUUCACUGAGGCUGCGGAGAUCAUGCAGAACAGCUCCAGUGAGGUGGAGAUCAUCGUCUCACAGCCAAAGGGAGUACGAUCUCCGUGUGUGGGCCGUAUCCUGCCGAGGAACUACGACUCCCAGAGUACCCUGCUGGCCGACAGCCGGCAGACGGACGAGGAACUGGACGAGCUGGUGUCCGUCAUGAUGACGCCCAAAGCCAGCAGCAACCUCCACGUGCCUGAGGUCCGCAUACGCAACGCACAGGACAACCCCUCUCUGUCUGGCUCGUGUAACAGUCUGAAGCCGGAGGAGUUUACUGUGGAGCUGAGGAAGGAGUCUGGAAGUCUGGGCAUCAGCAUCGCUGCUGCAGUGAACUCAAACAACCAGCAGAAAGGAAUUUACAUCAAGAACCUGAUGCCGGGGGGUGUGGCCGAGCUGGACGGUCGCAUCCAAUCAGGUGACAGGCUGCUGGAGGUGGAUGGUAUUAGGCUGGACACUUUGACAAAUCAGCAGGCUGCAGAGCGUCUCUCCAAGGCAGGGGAGAUUGUGUCGCUGGUUUUGGAGAGGGAGUCGCUCUUGUUACCACGGAGAUAUGUUGGCCCAGGCAGGAGAAGUACCCUGGCGGCUCCUAGCAACGCCUCCAUGCAUAACAACAGCUGCCCUGCCAUCACCAUGACGACGCCUUUCUCCAUUCAUCCCAAAGACUACAGCUUCGUGUCUGAUGAGAACAUCAUGGAGGUGAGUCUGCGGAAGCGUCUGAAUGGUUUGGGUUUUAGCUUCCUGAUCGCUGAGCUGGACACGUCUCUGGACAGCGGAACCGUGGUUCUGGUCAAGCGCCUGUUUCCAGGGCAACCGGCCGAAGAGAGCGGGCUCAUCCGAGAGGGAGACGUCAUCCUCGCAGUUAACGGAGAACCACUCAAGGGCCUGUCCUACCAGAGGGUGCUGGAGCUCCUAAGGGGGUCCCCUUCAGAGGUCCGUCUGGUGCUGUGUCGCCCUGAAGCAGGGGUCCUUCCUCCUGUCUCUGAUAAAAUCGGCCAGUUAACCUGCAGCUGAGCGGCCCACACACAUCUGAUGACCCUGCUGACCCGUCUCUGGACACAUGCAGCCCCACAGCAUUGUGGGAUAGCUCCAUUUGUGGAGGGGGUUGCUAAGCCAGUUACUAAGGAAGUGACACGCGGCAUCCAGGCCAGAGGUGUUGGGCAGCAGCCAAUGAUGGCGCAGGAUGUGGGCGGAGCUCCAGGUGACCUCAUCAGGAUCAGUGAGUGGGCGGCAGCUAAACCAGAUUAGCGCACAGCUAACGACACCUAAACCCUAGCCGCCGCUAGCCCUGUGUAUGUGUGUGUGGUGUGUGUGCAGGUACCUGUGUGUGUGUGCGUGUGUGCGUGUGUGUGUGUGUGUGUGUGUGUGUGUGCGUGU